UGUCCUUCCUCAGCCACCGUAGGCUACGUCAGAAAAGAAUACUGUCAGCUAUCUCAGCUACCCACUUGCAGAGACAACAUGGCAUUUACUUUGUAUUCCCUCAUUCAGGCAGCAAUUCUGUGCGUCAAUGCUGUUGCUGUGUUGCACGAAGAAAGAUUUCUCAGUAAAAUUGGCUGGGGAGUGGACCAAAGUGUCGGAGGAUUUGGAGAUGAACCAGGCAUCAAAGUGCAGCUAAUGAACCUUGUCCGCUCUGUAAGGACGGUGAUGAGAGUGCCGCUAAUCGCAGUCAAUUCAGUCUGCAUCGUGCUGCUGCUUCUGUUUGGAUGAAGUGAAGUGACAGAAGUUGUCAGGAGAACAUCUCCAUCAUCUCAGGAACCCUUCUAAAGAACCACUUUAUUUCUCUGACACACAGAAUGUCUCCUGUCAGCCUGCGUACAAAUGUUGUCAUUUGAUAUUCCACAUCAGUACAUGGGACAUUAGGGCCUGUGAUUCAAAAUAAGUAAAUGCAGAACUGUAAACUUGCCUCUUUUUUGAAUAGUAUAAUAACAUAGUAAUACAAUUUCACUGUUUGGGUUUUCUGGAAAAACAUUUAUAAGCCAAAUGUGAUUUUACACUUAAAUUGUAUCAAUGAAGAUCUGGAUACCAGCUGUAACUACUGAGAUGCAGUGGACUGACUGUAAAAUGUUUGUGAAUAUGUGGUAUGUGGUUUUUUUUGUAGAAAUAUUCAUGAGUAAAGAGUUUUAAAAGUUUCA